GUUAUUCCUACCAGGCCGGAUGACUCGGCUCCACCCCGGAGGAGGAGGGCGGGGGAAGGAGCGCUGCACGCCGGACUCUGAACACUUUUUGCGGGAAAAAGGCCGGAAGAGAUGGCGCCAGGACCAGCCAUGAAAAGGAAAAUGGAAGCCAUCCAUUACCCUGAUGCUGGAGAAGAUGACAAGAGUGAGAAGAAGAAAGUACCUAAGAAGAAGUGCAGGCAGAAGAAGGGUGUGCAGAAGAAGUGUGGGCAGAAGAAGUGCCCGCAAAAAUUCCCGGAAAAGUCCAUAAAAAUUAUGCAGGACUGGUUAUAUGAACAUAGAUUCAAGCCAUACCCAUCUAAAGCAGAGAGAAAUGUCCUGUCAAGACAAACUCGCCUCACUGUGCAUCAGGUUUCCAACUGGUUCGUCAAUGCUCGUCGAAGGAUCCUGCGUGAGAUGGUUAAUCAGAACGGAACGAACCCCGAUAAAUGUCCAAUCUCCGGAGACAAGACCCUGGAGCCCCCUGCACUUGUUCAGCGUACACCAAUGAAAAAGCCUAACGUGAAACCACUGUCGCUCUCAACAAUAACAUCUCCUCGAUCCGUCUCCCCCCCUCGCUUUGUUGAAGGUGAACAACUGAGCAGGUUGCAGAUCCUGGCGCUCGUGGCCACGCAACGUAUCAUUGAAAUGGAGGCGGAGGAGGCCAGGUACGAGGCCGCUACAAGUGCCCUCAGCUAUCUGCACAUUCAUUCAUUGUCCACGGGCCACAUUGAGGUGGAAAAGCUGUAACCUGCAGCCACCGGAGUCCUUCCUCCUCCUCGAGUCUUGUUAUUAGAUUUGUCUGUUUUUCUUUAAUUUAAGAUUUCACUAAUCCCUCAAGGAAAAAGGGGACGAAGAUGUAACCCAUUCAUUUCAGUGUCUGCAAAGAACGCACAAACCCUCAUCCUACGUAGGGCUCUUUGCAAAUAACCCUUAGGCCAUGUUUACAUGUCAGAACUUCCGCGCCAGAUUCCGCAUUGGAAACCGGCACGGAGAUUCCGCUGCAGCAGAGUCCCGAUAAAUUAGACAGGAUUCUGCUGCGCUGUGCACACGGCGGAAUUUCCGUGCUAGAUAUUUCAGGCUAGAUAUUUCCGUGCUGGACAUUUCAGGCUAGAUAUUUCCGUGCUGGACAUUUCAGGCUAGAUAUUUCCGUGCUAGAUGUUUUAUGUGUCUGCACAAAGAAUGAACCUAGCGCCGGUGUAAUGAAUAAAACUGUGUCCCUGUAGUGGAAUGUGACCUUCCACACAGGUACAGAGUUUUCUACUUUACAGCCGUCUCCCUAACCUUUAAUUCUAAUCCGUGACCUCUAAUCCCGAACCCCUAACACUAAUCCUAAACCCGAACCCCUAAUUCUAACCUCUAAUCCGUGACCCCUAAUCCCGAACCCCUAAUUCUAACCUCUAAUCUGUGACCCCUAAUCCCGAACCCCUAACCCCUAAUUCUAACCUCUAAU